AACUUUUAUAAAGCUUUAUUAGAGGUGAAUCUGUGCCCGCUAUUGUCCUCAGCUGUGGUUCGUUUUUGAAAUUUUUGUCUUUAUUGGUUUUGUAGAGAUGCUUAUUUAUAAGAACAUUUUUCCAUGUAAUACUUCUGCAAUUAAUUUUUAUUCUGGAACUGGAACAGUGGGAAUGAAAAUUGCUUAAUUUUGAUGCAUUUCAAGGCUUAAAACAUGUCUGUCGAUCCUAGUGGGCAAAUGAAUUAUGUUGAAGACGAUGCUUCCACGGGCUCUGGUGAUAAUGUUAACAUGCUAGAAGGGGACAACAAGCGUCAAUCCGUGACACCGUCAAGUUCUGGCAGGCGGAAGAGAAGUCGUAAAGCUAAUGGAGAUGCCAUAGUGGAUGCCAUGCUAGAAAUUGCAGCCGCUUCAAAAUUGAGGGCAUCGAUAAUUAUGAAGAAUGAGGACCGGUUUUCUAUAAGCAAAUGCAUAAAAGUGUUAGAUGAGAUGCAAGAUAUGUCGACUGGCAUGGAUGACCUUGAUUUAGAAUUGGAUGAGAUGGAACUAGUUGCUGCAGCUGCAGGUUACCAUUACUAUAAUAGCAUAACCAGGCAAAUCCGUUGUGCUUCAUUACCUAGUGGAAGUGGUUUUAUGAAUGAGGUGCUAGAAGGACCUGAUGAUCUUUGUCGAGAAAUGUUCCGGAUGGAUAAACACGUUUUUCACAAGCUAUGUUACACUCUUCGACAUAGAGGUAUGUUACAUGAUACAGCUGGUGUUAUGAUCGAGGAGCAGCUGGCAAUUUUCUUAAAUAUUGUGGGACAUAAUGAACGCAACAGAGUAAUCCAAGAGCGAUUUCAACAUUCGGGUGAAACCAUAAGUCGCCAUUUUAAUAAUGUUUUGAAGGCAAUCAAGUCACUUUCUCGGGAAUUCUUACAACCCCCGAAUAUCAAUACACCUCUGGAAAUACAUAGUAGUAAUCGAUUUUUUCCAUAUUUCAAGGAUUGUGUUGGUGUCAUAGAUGGAAUGCACAUCCCUGCACAUGUCCCAGCAAAAGAUCAGUCUCGUUUUCGAAAUACCAAAGGUUUUUUAUCGCAAAAUGUUUUGGCAGCCUGCACAUUCGAUCUACAGUUUAUAUUUGUUUAUCCAGGUUGGGAAGGAUCUGCUGCUGAUUCACGGGUUUUAAGAGCAGUCCUAGAUGACCCAGAUCAGAAUUUUCCUCCAAUUUCUGAAGGAAAAUAUUAUCUAGUUGAUACUGGUUACUCAAAUAUGGAAGGAUUUCUUGCACCAUAUCCGGGAAUUCGGUAUCACCUGCAUGAAUAUAGAGGUGCCAAUCAACUGCCCAGAAAUGCAAAGGAGCUCUUUAAUCAUCGUCAUUCUUCUCUUAGAAAUGUCAUACAGAGGUCUUUCGAUGUGCUGAAAGCUCGAUUUCCUAUUCUCAAACUUGCCCCACAGUAUGCCUUACAUAUUCAAAGGGAUAUAGUCAUAGCUGCAUGUGUUCUACAUAAUUACAUCCGACGUGAGGAAAGACAUGAUUGGUUGUUUUCUAGCAUUGAGGGGGUGAUGAUGAAUGAAUUGCCCGAUUUUGAUGAGCAACCCGAGCUGCAAUUUGCUGCCUCAAUUCAGGAACAAAUUGCUUCAUCUUUACGAGAAUCAAUAGCAACCGUAAUGUGGAAUGAUUUCUUAAAUAAAUGGGAUCAGUGGUGAUAAUUAGCCAACAGAAUUUAGAAAGAUUGUACAAAUAUGUGUAUACUAGUUCCGUUUCUGAAUUCUCUUAUUACCUGAUCCAGUACUAGAUCUUUCUGAAGUUCACUUGAGCAAGCUGUUUGAUGUAGUGAAGAAAUCGGUAGUAACACACUUCAAAAGUUAGCUGCAGGGGGACAAUCGAGGGAUUAACCGGCUUCCGCCCUCAGGUGCUGGUAAGUUUCAGUGUACUAUGUAGAUGCCAUUUUGUAGUGAUGAACUGUGGCAUAUAGAAGUUAUCACUUAGUCGCUUCUUCAUUCUUCUUUACUGGGGAUGGAUUUAGUCAGGGCUGCAAAAAAAUUGAGAAAGUUCUUUCUGAAUUCAA